AUGGCCGGCUCCGUCCCGCCGCCGCUCGCCGUCCUGGGGCUCCUUACCCUCCUCGCCCCGCACGCCGCCCGGCCCACAGUCUUUCUUCCCGCGUCGGAAGCACACGAGCUUCUGGCCAGGUGGAGGCGAGCCGGCUCCUACCUCUUAGAAGAGCUCUUCGAGGGGCAUUUAGAGAAGGAGUGCUUGGAGGAGGUCUGCGUCUACGAGGAGGCGAGAGAAGUGUUUGAAGACGCCGAGUCCACCGAUGAAUUCUGGAAGACAUACAUGGGCGGCUCCCCAUGUGCCUCCCAGCCUUGCCUCAACAACGGGUCCUGCCAGAACAGCAUCCGCGGCUACACCUGCACCUGCGCGCCGGGCUAUGAGGGCCCCAACUGCGCCUUUGCUAAAAACGAAUGCCACCCUCUGAGGCUGGACGGGUGCCAACACUUCUGCUACCCGGGACCACAGUCCUACACGUGCAGCUGCGCGAGGGGCCACACGCUGGGCCAAGACCGCAGGUCCUGCCUCCCCCACGACACGUGUGCGUGCGGCACCCUCGACGCUGAGUGCUGCCCGAGGCCCCAGCGAAGCCAGCAGAACCUUCUGCCUUUCCCGUGGCAGGUAAAACUAACAGAUUCCGAAGGAGAAGACUUCUGCGGGGGUGUUCUAAUACUGGACAACUUUGUGCUGACAACAGCCGCAUGCUCACUACUGUGCACAAACGUUAGUGUGAAAACACGCUCCGGCUUCCAGGUGCCAGUGAAGGGCGUCCACGUGCACACGAGGUUCGAGGCGGACACCGGGCACAACGACGUGGCCCUGCUGCGCCUGGCGCGGCCCGUGCGCUGCCCCGACGCCGGGCGGCCCGUCUGCACCGCCGACGCGGACUUCGCCGAGCGCGUCCUCCUGCCGCAGCCGGGCGUCCUGGGCGGCUGGACCCUCCGCGGCCGCGAGAUGGUGCCCCUGCGGCUGCGCGUCACGCACGUGGAGCCCGCGGAGUGCGGCCGAGCCCUCAAUGCCACGGUGACCACGCGGACCAGCUGCGAGCGGGGCGCGGCGGCCGGCGCGGCGCGGUGGGUGGCGGGCGGCGCGGUGGCCCGCCAGCACCGGGGCGCCUGGUUCCUCACCGGCCUGCUGGGCGCCGCGCCCCCCGAGGGGCCCGGGCCGCUGCUGCUCAUCAAGGUCCCCAGAUACGCGCUCUGGCUGCGCCAAGUCACGCAGCAGCCGAGCCGUCCGAGAGACGACCGGGGUCAGGGGCGUGGCGGGGAACCGGUGCCGCGUGGGCGGUGGGCGUCGACAGCCCUUCCUCCGGGACCCCUCGUCUGA